AUGACCUCCGGCUUCUUCACUGCCUCAUCCGCAAUGCCAGGAGAAUCGUUCUUCGUCGCCGCAUCCUCAUCCUCUGGAUCACCACACGCCAUGACUCCGACUCCCGGCUUCUUCGCAGCCUCAUCCGCAAUGGAAGUCGAGACGUUCUUCGUCGCCUCGUCCUCAUCACCCUCCCCCGGAUCACCAAUGGCCAUCACCCCUACCUCCCUUCCCACCCCGCCACCAUCGCCGCUCUUAGGGCAGCGACUCCUCCCUUGCGACUUCUUCAUGCCGUCGUCCGUCUUCACCGGCGCCCACAAGAUCACACACAACGACAUCAAACCACGAGAGCCAUCACCUUGCCCAUCCGUCUGGGGCGCAUGCGCAUGCCCUAUCGCCUGCUCUCCUGCACCCUCAGGAACUCACAACUCCCACGGUACCAGCAGCUGGCCGGACUGUAACAACACCGCGACCGCAGGACCCUCCACAGCGCGCAGCAGCGCACGCGUUCCCCGCGCCCCGGAGGACGAAUGGGACGGCACCAUGUUCGACCUCAACCAGCGGACGUCUCUCGAGGAACCGCGGGUGGAGCCGUACGUUGGGAAGGGCAAGGGCAGAAUUGGCAGGUCGAAGCGGGCAGCUGAGAGGGGUGGCGAGGAGCAUGGAACCGAGUACGAACAGCUGUUCGUGGAGAUGGAGCGCCGGAAGCGGAGGAGGGUGCAGUGGGUUAAGGGUAAGUGUGUAUGA